AUGGCACCUACUAAACAGCAAUCUCAGAAGGGUGUCAAGAAAGGAGGGAAGAAAAAGACGACUGACCCCUUUUCCAAAAAGGAGUGGUACGAACUACGGGCUCCCUCAAUGUUUUCCAAUCGAACCUGUGCCCGCACUUUGAUUACCCGCACUCAGGGCACCAAAAUCGCAAGCGAGGGUUUGAAAGGUCGUGUUAUACAACUGAGUCUUGGGGAUUUGAGUGAUAAGACUCAGGAUAUCUUCAGAAAGUUUAAGUUACAAGUGGAGGACGUUCAAGGGCGUCACUGCCUAACGAAUUUCCACGGCAUGGAUCUUACUCGUGACAAGCUCUGUGGAAUGGUUCUAAAGUGGCAGUCUACUAUCGAGGCGCACGUCGAUGUCAAGACUACGGAUGGUUACACCCUCCGGUUUUUUGUUAUAGCUUUCACGAAGAAACAGGAGGACCAAAAGUCGCAUGCCUACGCGCAAACUACUCGUAUCAAGAAGCUUCGCGCCAAAAUCGUGGAAGUUGUUCAGCGUGAAGUCGCCCGAUGUGACUUAAAGAGCGUUGUUCAAAAACUUAUCCCUGACUCGAUUGGCCAGGAUGCAAUGAAUGAGGCGUCAUCGAUUUUCCCACUAAGUGGAGCUCUUGUUCGUAAAGUUAAAGUUCUUAAGAAACCAAAACUCGACCUGGGUCGGAUACUUGAGCUCCACAGCGAGAUUAAGACGGACGAAUAUGGGGAAGGUGUAGCCCGACCGGAUCAUUACGAGCCCCCAGUUGUUAACGCUGUUUAA